GAUUUGACCUAAGGACUUCUAAGACCUGAGACUAAAAACCAGGCCUCUGUUCCUUUUCUAACGCUUAACUGAAUCUUCCAAUGCCCCAAACGAAACAUUUAAAUCAUUUGUAAAAUCCUCUGCUGAAUCCAAGUCCUUUUUAGCAGACUCAGCCAUUCACAAUAGACUUUAAGAAUACCUACUCAGGGAGUUCUUUGGCUAUGGCCUCCAACUUUAAGAAGGCAAACAUGGCAUCAAGUGCCCAGCAAAACAGAAUGAGUCCUAAGCCUGAGCUUACAGAAGAGCAGAAGCAGGAGAUCAGGGAAGCGUUUGAUCUUUUUGAUGCAGAUGGAACUGGCAGCAUAGAUGUUAAGGAACUUAAGGUGGCAACGAGGUCCCUGGGCUUUGAACCCAAGAAAGAAGAAAUUAAGAAAAUGGUAAGUGAAAUUGAUAAGGAAGGGACAGGAAAAAUGAACUUUGGUGACUUUUUAACUGUGAUGACCCAGAAAAUGUCUGAGAAAGAUACCAAAGAAGAAAUCCUAAAAGCUUUCAAGCUCUUUGAUGAUGAUGAAACUGGGAAGAUUUCGUUCAAAAAUCUGAAACACAUGGCCAAGGAGUUGGGUGAGAACCUGACUGAUGAGGAGCUGCAGGAAAUGACUGAUGAAGCUGAUCGAGAUGGAGAUGGAGAGAUCAGUGAGCAAGAGUUCCUGCGCAUCAUGAAAAAGACCAGCCUUUAAGAUCAGUGUCUCCUUUUCUACUGCAAGCACAUGUAACUAGAUUUAGUGCCUGCAACUGUGUGAAAUCUGGCUUUUGAGAACACAAACGUUUCCCUCACUGACCUCCCUGUAUCACUUUAAUAAUUACCUUGAACCUAUUUUAGCCUUUUGGAAGUGUUCUUUUAUAUGACAGUUCUUUGUAAAAUGAUCUGCUAAUUAUUCUAAUUCUCAAAAGCAAAACAAGAGCACAUUAGCAUGAAGAAAAGGAUCUUAAAGCUUCGAGCACCUGCCAUUUUGCCUUGCAUUGUUUUCACAUAUCCACAAACACAGAACGACUUCUUAGACAAGCACAUGUUGUACCUGUGUCACCACAAGCAGCAGUCAUUUUUCAGUGGUUCCAGUUUUCUCUUUAUACAACCCAGUGAACUCUCGCACUGGCAUUUGGAUGUGUGUUAAUGCUAUUUGUUUUAUCUUAAAAAUAAAACCUUUCUCAGUUUGA